GCCAUGGCGGGGGCGGAAGGGGGUGCGGAGCCACUGGGCCGCAGCCGCGCAGAGCUGGCGUGGGUCGAGGCGCUGCGCGGGGACUGCGAGCCCGAGCAGCACUGGCGGCACCGCCGCGAGUUUCUGCUGCGCAACGUGGCCGCGCCACCGCCGGCCCCGGGCAGCGCCGAGCUGCAGCGCCUCGUCUCGCUCUCCAUGGUCUGGGCCAACUACGUCUUCCUGGGCUGCCGGUACCCAGCUCAGGUUAUGGCGAAGGCGCUGGACAUGGCCCACGGGCUGGUGGUGAACAGCGCGCCUGCCCACUCCGCUGCCACCACCACACACCACCUGGUUGCCAAGGUGAAGAAAAGAGGCAUAUCGAGUAGCAAUGAAGGGGUAGAGGAGCCUUGCAAGAAACAAGCUGUUGAGAAAAGCAAAGAUUCCAAGGAUGUUGGAAGUGACGGCAAAUCUACAAAGACAGAAGCCUGCAAGGAGAUGGAGAGCAGCUUGCCUAAAAGGCAGAAAAAGGAUGCGGAUGAGAAUUCAGCAAAGGAUUUGGAAAGCUCAAAGCCAGCCUUUACUUUGAACCAAAUACCUGGCACAGCACGAGAUGCAGGCACAGAAAUGAAAGCUGCUGGUCAUGAAACCACCACCAAGCAUAAUCCAGCUCCCACCUCUUCAUUGGCAACUGAAUCAAAGGCAAGCUGUAGCUUGAAUCUACAGGAUAGCAAACAAGAAAAUGUGUUGCUGACUGAAAAGAAAAAUAUAUUGGUGAGCGCUCCAGCACUAGUGGCCUCCAAGAGCGGUCCCCAAGCAAAUGCUCCAGUGCCAGUGGCCUCCAAGAGCAGUCCCCAGGUGGGCGCCUUGGUGCCGGUGGCCUCCAAGAGUAGUUCCCAGGCAGGUGCUUCAGCAUUGGUGGCCCCCAAGAGCGGUCCCCAAGUGGGUGCUUCAGCUCCAGUGGCCUCUAAGAGUGGCCCCCAGGCAGGCCCUUCGGUGCCGGUGGCCUCCAAGAGUGGUCCCCAGGCGAGCGCUUCAGCGCCAGUGGCCUCUAAGAGCAGUCCCCAGGCAGGUGCUUCGGUCCCAGUGGCUUCCAAGAGCAGUCCCCAGGUGAGCACUCCAGUACUGGUGGCUUCCAAGAGCAAUUCAGGGGCAAAUGUUCCACUGCCGGUGGCCUCCAAGAGUGGUCCGCAGGCGAAUGCUGCUGUGCCGAUGGCCUCCAAGAGUGGUCCGCAGGCGAAUGCUGCUGUGCCGAUGGCCUCCAAGAGUGGUCUGCGGGCGAAUGCUGCUGUGCCGAUGGCCUCCAAGAGUGGUCUGCAGGCGAGCGCUGCUGUGCCGAUGGCCUCCAAGAGUAAUUCAGGGGUGAGCACUCCAGUACCAGUGGUCUCCAAGAGUGGUCCCCAGGCAAGUGCUCCAGUGCCAGUGGUCUCCAAGAGCAGUCCCCAGGCAAGUGCUCCAGCACUGGUGGCCUCCAAGGGCGGUCCCCAGGCGAGCGCGCCAGCGCCGCUGGCUUCCAAGGGCGGUCCCCAGGCGAGCGCGCCGGCGCCGCUGGCUUCCAAGGGCGGUCCCCAGGCGAGCGCGCCGGCGCCGCUGGCUUCCAAGGGCGGUCCCCAGGCGAGCGCGCCGGCGCCGCUGGCUUCCAAGGGCGGUCCCCAGGCGAGCGCGCCGGCGCCGCUGGCUUCCAAGGGCGGUCCCCAGGCGAGCGCGCCGGCGCCGCUGGCUUCCAAGGGCGGUCCCCAGGCGAGCGCGCCGGCGCCGCUGGCUUCCAAGGGCGGUCCCCAGGCGAGCGCGCCGGCGCCGCUGGCUUCCAAGGGCGGUCCCCAGGCGAGCGCGCCGGCGCCGCUGGCUUCCAAGGGCGGUCCCCAGGCGAGCGCGCCGGCGCCGCUGGCUUCCAAGGGCGGUCCCCAGGCGAGCGCGCCGGCGCCGCUGGCUUCCAAGGGCGGUCCCCAGGCGAGCGCGCCGGCGCCGCUGGCUUCCAAGGGCGGUCCCCAGGCGAGCGCGCCGGCGCCGCUGGCUUCCAAGGGCGGUCCCCAGGCGAGCGCGCCGGCGCCGCUGGCUUCCAAGGGCGGUCCCCAGGCGAGCGCGCCGGCGCCGCUGGCUUCCAAGGGCGGUCCCCAGGCGAGCGCGCCAGCUCCGGCGCCGCUGGCUUCCAAGGGCGGUCCCCAGGCGAGCGCGCCAGCUCCGGCGCCGCUGGCUUCCAAGGGCGGUCCCCAGGCGAGCGCGCCAGCUCCGGCGCCGCUGGCUUCCAAGGGCGGUCCCCAGGCGAGCGCGCCAGCUCCGGCGCCGCUGGCUUCCAAGGGCGGUCCCCAGGCGAGCGCGCCAGCUCCGGCGCCGCUGGCUUCCAAGGGCGGUCCCCAGGCGAGCGCGCCAGCUCCGGCGCCGCUGGCUUCCAAGGGCGGUCCCCAGGCGAGCGCGCCAGCUCCGGCGCCGCUGGCUUCCAAGGGCGGUCCCCAGGCGAGCGCGCCAGCUCCGGCGCCGCUGGCUUCCAAGGGCGGUCCCCAGGCGAGCGCGCCAGCUCCGGCGCCGCUGGCUUCCAAGGGCGGUCCCCAGGCGAGCGCGCCAGCUCCGGCGCCGCUGGCUUCCAAGGGCGGUCCCCAGGCGAGCGCGCCAGCUCCGGCGCCGCUGGCUUCCAAGGGCGGUCCCCAGGCGAGCGCGCCAGCUCCGGCGCCUCUGGUUUCCAAGGGCGGUCCCCAGGCGAGCGCGCCAGCUCCCGCGCCUCUGGUUUCCAAGGGCGGUCCCCAGGCGAGCGCGCCAGCUCCGGCGCCUCUGGUUUCCAAGGGCGGUCCCCAGGCGAGCGCGCCAGCUCCGGCGCCUCUGGUUUCCAAGGGCGGUCCCCAGGCGAGCGCGCCGGCGCCUGUGGCUUCCAAGGGCGGUCCCCAGGCGAGCACGCCGGCACCUGUGGCUUCCAGGGCCGGUCCCCAGGCGAGCGCGCCGGCACCUGUGGCUUCCAGGGGCGGUUCCCAGGCGAGCGCGCCGGCACCUGUGGCUUCCAGGGGCGGUUCCCAGGCGAGCGCGCCGGCACCUGUGGCUUCCAGGGGCAGUCCCCAGGCGAGCGCGCCGGCACCUGUGGCUUCCAGGGGUGGUCCCCAGGCGAACGCGCCGGCACCUGUGGCUUCCAAGGGCGGUCCCCAGGCGAGCGCGCCGGCACUUGUGGCUUCCAGGGGCGGUCUCCAGGCGAGCGCGCCGGCACCUGUGGCUUCCAAGGGCAGUCCCCAGGCAAGUGCUCCGGCACCUGUGGCUUCCAAGAGCAGUCUUCAGGCAAGCUCUCAGGCACCUGUGGCUUCCAAGAGCAGUUUGCAAGCAGGCACAUCACUGUUGGCUUCCAAGGGCAUUUCACAAAGUGCUCCAGCGCCAUUGGCUUCCAAGAGUGGGUCACAGGCAAGCACACCAAUGCUGUUGGCUUCUAAGACCGGUUCACAGGUGAGCAUUCCAAUGCUGUUGGCUUCCAAGAGCGGGUCACAGGCAAGCGGUUCAUUCUUGGCUUCCAAGAGUGGAUCCCAGGCAAGCGCUUCACUUUUGGCUUCCAAGGCCGGGUCACAAGCAAGCGAAAGUUCUGCUAAAGUACUGCGUAAGCCUUUAACCAGUGAAGAUGCAAAGGAAAGACAACCUUUUUUUAAUAGAUUGUACAAAGCUGUAGCCUGGAAAUUGGUUGCUGUUGGAGGCUUUAGUCCUAAUGUGAAUCAUGCAGAACUCCUGAACUCAUCCAUUCAGUCUGUAAAAGCUACCUUAGAUGUUGCUUUUGUUCCACUGAAGGAACUUGCAGACUUGCCUCAAAAUAAGAGCACUCAGGAAAAUGUAGUUUGCGAACUGAGGUGCAAAUCUGUCUAUUUGGGUACUGGAUGUGGAAAAAGUCAGGAAAAUGCCAAAGCAGUUGCUUCAAGAGAAGCUUUGAAAUUAUUCCUGAAGAAAAAAGUCAUUGUAAAGAUCUGCAAAAGAAAGUACAGAGGAAGAGACAUUGAAGAUUUGGUACUACUUGAUGAAGAAGCAAAACCUUCAAACUUACCUCCAGCUCUAAGAAAUCCUCAGGAGAUUCUGUAGGGCGGUGGGGGGAGGGGGAAAUCACUGUUUAUACCAUGUAUAGUAUUCCAACAUAAGAACUGAAGGUUAAUUUUGUACUCAAAAUGUAGGCUUCCGGAGAUUUUGUAUUUCUUUCUCGGUUAUGCAGAACAGUUAUAUUGUUCCUUUCACUUGGUAGCAAUUGUAAAUAAUUUGUUAGAGAUGAAAAGUGCGCAUUUAAAGAUAUGCCUUAACAUAUAGCACACUAGUGUGCUGUUUUAUUUGCUAAAUAGUCUAAGUCUUCUAUUUUUAAUUAAAUAAGUAAGGUACAAUUUGCUGUUUAUAGUCUGAGAAUUUUGUAAUCUUACAGUUUGGUGGCUGUGUGCUCAGUUGUAUAUGACAUCUUUUUUUAGCUGCAUAGGAAUGUGUAUAUAGAGAGACCAUAGCACUUGAAUGGUCAAAAGUUGUUAAAAAUUUCAAUUAGAGUUUAAUCAUUUUGUUUGAAAUACAUGUAUGUUGCCCAUAAUGCUCACUGUCCCUCUUGAAAGGAAAGAAAAUAGUUGUUGGACUAUUUUUAUGAAAAGUUGUAACAUUUUAAAUCUAAUUAUAAAAUGAUAUGCAGAUUCUAUUUAACAUUAUUAUACUAGCAAAUUAUCAGUAAACAAUCACCAAGGUGACUUCAACUACGAAAACUAAGCAGAUUUAAUUUGAGACUUUGUGAAAUACCAUUUACACUUUUUUCCAAGUAAACAUGGAUUUCUAUAUUACGCAUAUUUUAUGACUGCUACUAAAACAAUCUUCUGAGAUGCCCUCUUCUACUGUUUUGUUUUAGCUGUUAAGCAUUUUGACCAUUUUGAUAAUUGUUGGUAACACUUUUUUAAAAGAAACGUACACUAGCUUCAGUGUGAGGGGUUUCAGGAUAUAAUCCCAGAAGUACUAGUUGCUCAUUCUGUAUAGUUUUAUUGAGGUGAUACAGAUGUAAAACUCAGAAAGCAUUUUCUAAUAAACAAUGGAAUGCACACUAA